AAAAACUUGAAUUGGCUUUCUAGGAUGCUUUCUAGCUCUUGUUUUUAAUUUUCUUUCAGUCCAAGAUUUUACUGUGGCCUUAAUCUAUUUGGAGAGUACAGAAGGAAGAAAAAGUAAUAAAAGUUGUGCAAGAGAGAGAUGGAAACUUCAACAAGUUUUGCUUUAUCCUCUCUCCUUUCAAAGUAUUCUGGCUCCAAAAAUACUUAAAUCAAAUUUUUAAAAGAAGAAUAGGAGUAAAUAUUACAAGAUGUAUGUUUAUUGGUGUGUGGAAUAGUAAUGAGCAAAAUACAUGUGGAGGUAGCUGGUAAACUCUAAAAUAUUAUGAACAUAUUAAGUCCCAAGUUUUCAAUCUGUGAAUACUUCAGUAACAGUGACACAGUUGCAUUAAAAUGACCUGGAGAUCAAAAUCUAGAACUUUUUACAUAUUAUAUUAAUUAAUACUAUUAAUGUUAUGUUAUUAUUCUAUAAGUAUAUAUUAUCUACUAUGUUUAAGUUUUUGUAGGUGUUUCACAUCUGGGACUUUGGUACAAAAUUAAGAACACAUUAGUUUAUCACAAUCAUGCUUCGAAUCGAUGUAAGUCACCACUCAUACCAGAAUAUUAGUUCACAGUGACUAAGACUUGAGCAUCAGGGUAAGGCAACUCAUUGAAAAGAAGUCAGUAAUGAAGGACUCCCCCAAGCCUCCUUUCUCUCCACACUCAGCUAGUUGGGGUAAAACACACACUUUAAUUUUCCUGACUUAUAAACAGUGUUUCUGCGACAGCUCAGUGCACGCCUGCACCGUCUCUGGCGUUUUCGGGUGUCCUGGUUUUGCAAGCCCUGGUGCUCUGCUCGGUGCUCGGGUGGGUCUGAGGCGGGAGUCCGGCCCUCCGUCAGUUUCCGCUGUUUCCUAGGCAACCAGCCAGCGGCGGGAGCAGCGUGCAGCUCUGAGUCCCGGGCAGCCCAGCCUGCUCUGCCGAGCAUCGCUUUUCCUCGGGACGUUCCUGUGACCUCCCGGGUCCUCGGGUGAUCUGCGCGUUACUCCAUGCGUGGCCGUCUCUCUGUGUAAGAGCGAUAAUGAGGAAGCUGAUAAUUUUGACAGGCCUGACUUUAUCGGCUGCCACUUCUGGCCUCGGCUCCAGCAAACAGGAUGGAUGCGUUUUUCUCUCACUCACGCCCUUUCUCUCAGCCUCCCCAUCUCCCUCCUCUCUCCUCUCUCUCUCUCUCAGCCUCUCUCUCUCUCUCUCUCUUCCUCUCUCACGCUCUCCUCCUCCCGUCUCCGGCAGUAGCCUUCUUAAUGUAGUUUAAUGGCUUUACAAAGAAAGCCAGGCAGAGGAGCACUUCUCAGUGGCUUUGGUCGGACCAUGACCUAGCUGACCAUGAACUUGGAAGGGCUUGAAAUGAUAGCAGUUCUGAUCGUCAUUGUGCUUUUUGUUAAAUUAUUGGAACAGUUUGGGCUGAUUGAAGCAGGUUUAGAAGACAGUGUUGAAGAUGAAUUGGAGAUGGCCACUGUCAGGCACCGGCCUGAGGCUCUGGAGCUUCUGGAAGCCCAGAGUAAAUUUACCAAGAAAGAGCUCCAGAUUCUUUACAGAGGAUUUAAGAACGAAUGCCCCAGUGGCGUUGUUAAUGAAGAAACCUUCAAAGAGAUUUACUCGCAGUUCUUUCCACAGGGAGACUCCACAACGUAUGCACACUUUCUGUUCAAUGCAUUUGAUACGGACCACAAUGGAGCUGUGAGUUUUGAGGAUUUCAUCAAGGGUCUUUCCAUUUUACUCCGGGGGACAGUACAAGAAAAACUCAACUGGGCAUUUAAUUUGUAUGACAUAAAUAAAGAUGGCUACAUCACUAAAGAGGAAAUGCUUGAUAUAAUGAAGGCAAUAUACGAUAUGAUGGGUAAAUGUACAUAUCCUGUCCUCAAAGAAGAUGCUCCCAGACAACAUGUUGAGACAUUUUUCCAGAAAAUGGACAAAAAUAAAGAUGGGGUUGUUACCAUAGAUGAGUUCAUCGAAAGUUGCCAAAAAGAUGAAAACAUAAUGCGCUCCAUGCAGCUCUUCGAAAAUGUGAUAUAACUUGUCAAAUAGAUCCUCAGACAGACAAAUGUGAACUACCCUACCACUUAAGUUGGAGCUACCACUUUUAGCAUAGAUUGCUCAGCUUUACACUGAGGCAUAUUAUGCGAACAAGCUUUGUUUUAAUAUAAAACAAUCCCCUGAAGAUCUGUUUUUUUCCCAUUAUAAAUUUGCAUCCUUUUCAUAAUGUCACUGAGUCCAUGAGAUGUUCUCAUUUCAUACUCUAUGAAUAUUCAAAAGUAAUAGAAUUUGGCAUAUAGUUUUGAUUCUUUAGCCAUGGGAUUAUUGAGGCUUUCACAUACCAGUGAUUUUAAAAUAUCAGUGUUUUUGCUACUCAUUUGUAUGUACUCAGUCCAAGGAUUUUAAAUGGUUUUCUAAAAUAUCUGCAUCUGCAUUUAAUUUCUAAAUUUCAUUUAAUUUCAUUUAUAGAACAUCAACAAGAUUACUACCAAAACUAAAAACACCAAGUCCCAACCACUAUGGAUCUCCCACCUUCUGUUAAAAGACAUUAAUUUAUUCUCAUUUUUUAUAACAUUUAACAAGUUAGUUUAUUAACAGAUAUCAGCAUAUGCCUAAUAAAACUUAUUUUAAUAAGCAUUUCUUAAUUUUCCAUAAUGCAUAUUACAGCCAAGGCCUACAUAAUAUAUAUAUAUAUAUACACACAUAUAUAUAUAAUUUUGGAUUUGUUCAAUCUUACAGGUGGACCAUUUUCUAUUAUGUCAUUAUGUGCAGUUCAAGAAGGUGUGAAACCAAGGAUGUUUACAGACAAAUGCAAAGGGUCAGGAUAUCUGUCCUCCAAUACAUAAUAAUGCUUAAUAACAAGUAAUCCUUAACAGCAUUAAAGGCCGAUUCAUCUCCUUUCACCUGACUUCCUCACAGCAUGUUUAUAUUAUAAGCCAUUCAGGGACAAAGAAACCCUGACUACCCCAAAGCUAUUAGGAACAAACAGCAAGCAGAAUUCACUUUGAAAGCACCAAUGAUUCUAUCUUAUUGAGGAACUACUACCAAGAGUUCAUAGAAAAUGAAUAUAAAUGCUGAAUUACUCAUUUGGAUUGUAUUAUGAUUUAGCUCAUCC